CGCUUUUUAAUUUUGAUUUGUUUCUGGUUUUUUUUAAACAUGAGGUUUGCGCAAAUAAUUGUGGGUCCUGCCGGUAGCGGAAAGUCCACAUACUGUAGUUACAUGCAACAACAUGCAAUGGAUAGUAAAAGGAAUAUCCAAGUAGUAAAUCUCGACCCGGCAGCCGAACAUUUCAAUUAUACACCCUUAACAGAUAUAAGGGAACUGAUUCAUCUCGAUGAUGCCAUGGAGGAUGAGGAAUUACAUUACGGGCCCAAUGGUGGGCUGAUCUUUUGCCUAGAGUUUCUUAUUGAAAAUCAGGACUGGCUUAAGGAUCAGCUAUGUGGAGGUGAGAACGAGCUAAUGGUUGGCGAACCAGACGAUGAUUAUAUACUCUUCGAUAUGCCGGGACAAAUUGAAUUGUUUACCCACUUGAAGAUGGGCAAACAGUUGGUCCAGUUGCUUGAGUCUUGGAAUUUCCGCACCUGUGUGGUCUUUUGUCUGGACUCUCAAUUUAUGGUGGAUGGAGCUAAAUUUAUAUCGGGAACUAUGGCCGCUUUGAGUGUCAUGGCCAAUAUGGAGCAGCCACAUGUGAAUGUAUUGACCAAAGUGGAUUUGUUAAGCACGGAGGCACGUAAACAAUUGGAUUUAUAUCUUGAGCCAGAUGCCCAUAAUCUUAUGGGUGAAUUAACUAUUGGCACAGCAUUUGGUGAAAAGUAUCGAAAGCUAACUGAAGCCAUUGGAACGUUAAUUGAAGAUUUCAGUUUGGUGCGUUUUUUUCCCCUCGACACGCAAGAUGAGGAGAGUGUGGGCGAUUUAUUAUUGCAAAUUGACAGCAUAUUGCAAUAUGGUGAAGAUGCCGAUGUGCAAGUGCGGGACUUUGACGAUCCAGAUGCUGACGAAAAAGAGGAGUGAAAUAUGUAAAAAUUUGUUCUUUCUAGUUUAAAAAUAGGUUUAAUAAAUUAAAAAAAAAAAAA